AUAAGAAAUGUUGCUUCUUUUUUUUCUUUUUUAUUUCCCAACUUCUAGGUAAAUUGCAAAAUCAUGCUUUGAGUUCUGUGCUUUAGUAGUAGAUUGGAUCUCCAAAGCAACAGCUGCAACUGUCAUCUUAAGAUUUUUCUUUUUCUUUUAUAUUUGCUGAAAAAUAAGAUGUGGAUAUUAAAACAUGUAAUCCCCAUUUCAGACUCCUGGGUCCAAAAGAGCAUUAGAAACAAUGGAGUCAACAUUUGAAGCUUUACAUUAUAUUGAAGAAACUAACAAAGUUGGUCAGUAAACUCCUGGGAUUAUUAGGGAUCACUGGCUUAGGUAUAAUAGGAAGUGCAUUUCUCAACUUCUCAAAUUCUCUCUCUGGUAAAAACCAAAAAAAGGAAAAAAUAAGGCCUAAUUAUGUUGAUUAAUCGAAAAGAUACAGGUUAAAGGGGGGAAAAGAAAAAAAGAAAGACUACCCGCAAAACUUAUGGUCUGUCAUGUGUGUCUGCAAAAGGAAAAGAAAGAAAAAGAGGAAAAGAAAAGAAACGGAAGGUGGAGUCUGAUUAAAAAGAAGAAUCAUGCUUCUGUCGUAAGAAACUUCUGAAAUAAUCAAUUACUCAAGCUUGUAUGACGGCUUUCUUUAUUUUUGUUCCAUGUUUCAGAUUUAGCACCGGACAGAAUGACUUUAAAAUAAUUCAAUUUUUCAUAUUAUUUUCAGAAAAAAAAAAAUAUGUAUAUAUAUAUAUUACCACUGUACAGAGCAAAUUUGUAAAUGAUCAUCCAUAUAUCGCAUGCAAAAGAGUACGUUAUAAAUUAACAUUUUUUUUCCUCUUUUUAAAUUUCUGCUUUGUCCAGUAAAGGGAUAAUUAUACAAGAGAAGAAGAAAGAACAAGCAGAGGCAAGGUAACCAUUCAAUGACAAUGCAUUAAUACAAUGCCUAAAAAUAAACCUCUUACAAUGUUGCAUACUGAGCUGCCCAAAUACAACUCUUCUCAACCUCCAAAAUGCAACAGAAAAAAACGGUUCCUUAUCAAGAACAAGCUGUAGAAACCGAAUAUGCAUGCGUGCAAUCUGCCUUUCUAAUUCAGACCAGAAUAACAAUAAACACAAACAAGAAUCUCUCUCCCUCAAUAAGAAAGGGAGAGAAUUCCUUUUGUUUAUACCUCUACUCUUUAUUUCAAGAUUUUUACACAAAUGGGUUGUGGAGAAUCAAAACAUGCUGUUGCCACAGCAAAUAGUACCAUCACCAGGAAAAAAUCCAAAGAUAUAAUAGAAACUGUUAAUGAAACAAGCCAGAACGGGAACAAGCAUGGCAGUGUUGAAGUGAAGGACAUUGCUGAGGAUAAAGAAUUGAAAGGGAAUAACGUUAAAGAAGCAGAAGCAGGGAGAUUGAUUUCGAAAGAAUCACCUAAUCGGUACUUUUCAUCAAGGAAAGAUGAGGAUGUGGAAGGAUUUGCAUCUGAGAAGUCCGAAUAUUUUUCUCCGCGCCUUGGAUCAGGAAAGGAGAGCUCGUUCAAUGAUUGUGUUAAAUCAGAUGAUGUUGCAGGUGAAGCAUUGUUCCAGGAAAGAAAACAAGAAACGGAAAAUGGAGAGAGUGCAAUCGUGAAGGAAGAGAAUAUGACCAAGGAAGCAGAAACAGGUACAAGUAUUGUAUCAGAAGUUCCCACUCCUGAUGGAGAGAAGAAGCAGAAUGCUGGGAAGGAGAAGCUGGCAGUUCCACCGAGCUAGGAUCUGAAGGCAAACCUCAAGGAAAUAUUAGAAAGACAUGAAGCUUGUCUUGCUCAUAUUUGCUUAUCAAAUUUAUGGCAGCAGAUUGUUUAUUCAAAUGUAAUUUAUCCUGCGGACAGCAAUUUAUGGAUGAGUUAAGAGCCAAAAUUUAAUUGA